AUGGCGCUAAAAUCCAUGUUAACACAGUACUGGCCGCCUGCACCAACCUUUACUGAGAAAAAUCUCGACUCGUUGAACCUGAAAGGCCGGGUGUUCAUCGUCACAGGCGGUAAUCAGGGUGUUGGACUUGAGCUUAUCAAGAUGCUUUACCCAACGGGCGCAGUGAUCUACAUGGCGAGUCGUUCUCGUGCCCGCGCUGAAGACGCCAUCCAGAGUGUAACCGCCACUGAUCCAUCCGGUGCUGCUCGUCUUAAGUUCCUUUAUCUUGAUCUUGAUGACUUGAAUAUUGUUCGAAUGGCCGCCAAUACCUUCUCUGAAGAGGAGUCUCGCCUUGAUAUCCUGUGGAAUAACGCCGGUGUAGGUGCUGUGCCGGUCGGCUCGAAGACUAAGCAGGGGAUCGAGGCACAUAUGGGAAUUAAUGUUAUUGGACCACUCCUCCUGACUCAGCUUCUCCUUCCUAAAUUGCAAGCAGCGGCCGCAAUUUCUCCCAAGAAUUCAGUACGCGUUAUUUGGUCUAGCUCCUGGCUAAUGGAAUCGCGAUCUCCCAAAGGUGGCUACAAUCUGAAGGAUAUCGAGAACGGAGGUACUAAAGAUUCGCACGUCAACUACGCAUCUUCCAAGGCAGCGAACUGGAUCUUGGCUGAUGAGACAGCAAAGCGCUAUGGUAAGUAUGGCAUCCUUAGCGUGGUCCAGAACCCUGGAAACCUGGAUACGCACAUCUAUCACACUCAGCCUAGAUUAAUGAUGUUCUUUGUCCGAAAUUUGUUGCUUUAUCCGCCUAAGCUGGGCGGCUAUACUGAACUAUAUGCUGGCUUGAGCCCAGAGAUUACGGAAAAUGUGCCAGGUGCUAUCAUCAUUCCGUGGGGGAGAAUCCAGGCUCGGAAUCCGAGGGAGGAUAUCUACCAGGCCAUUAAUGAGGGAAAGGGGAAAGAGCUAUGGGAGUGGUGCGAGAAGCAGAUUGAGACACAUAAGUAG